UAAACAGUAAUGAUUGACUGUAUGGAGUGUUUCAUUCGCUCUUUGUUCAAGGCCAAAUAAAGUAGUAGCGAGAGAAAAUGGCACUUUCGUCGAUCUUUUAAAAGUUCAGAAAAGCUGUGAGCUGCUAACGUGUACCCUCGGUCAGUUAGAUAGCUAGAUAGCUAGUUAUUCGAUUCAGUUUCGGCGAUAUGUCUAUUCUGCCAGGGCGAGAAGACGAGUCCACGGAGUUUCCUCCGGAUUGGGCAGAUGAUGAGCGCAUGUCCUUCUUGUUCUCGGCUUUUAAAGAGAACCGGGAGGUCAACACCGCAGACUGGGACAGUAAAAUUGAUUUUUGGACGCCGCUGAUCAUCAGCAGUUGCAGGCGCCGUGGAGCCGUUUGUGUCAGCUUGAAUGAACUGAACCAGAUUUUUCAGAGAAAGGGCAGUAUGCCUCUGGGGUUGGGUACCGUAAUUCAGGCCAUGACCAGGUGCGGCAAGGUGCAGAAAGAGUCAGAGUUUGCGGCAAACGUGGACUCUGGCUGGCUGUCGUGGGGUGUGGGGCUCUUACUGGUGAGGCCGCUGAAAUGGACACUGUCCACCCUUCUGGGCAGCAAUCGGGUCCCCCUGGAGGAGUCCUUCGUGGUCAUUGAGCUGGUUAAGGAGAAGGCAGCGGAGUUGCUGGACGCAUACCGGCGCUCCCCGCUGGCCGGCCGCGCCCUCCUGUCCUUCCAGGAGCUGCGCACGCUGUGCAGCCAUGUGUGCCAGGACGAGACCACCCUGUGCCUGGCUCUGCUGCAGCUCCAGAGGGAGAAGCAGGUGACCGUGUCCCUGCAUGAGGGAGAGAAGAUUGUGAAGUUCUCCCAGCCCGGCCAGGGCCGCGUGUCCCCGGUCAGCGAUGUUGACCUGGGGAUCUACCAGCUCCAGCGCAGCGAGAAGCUGCUGGGAGAGAGGGUGGAGGAGCUGGGUCAGGAGGCCGAGAGAUGCAGAGAUGAGGCAAAGGCAUUGCUGCGAGAGGGGAAGAAAUCUCAGGCUCUGUGGUGCCUGAGGGGGCGGAAGCGCAUGGAGAAGAGGGCGGACCGUCUGUACGCCCAGCUGGAGACCAUUAAGGGGAUUCUAGACAGGAUCGCACACUCGCAGACCGACCGCCUGGUUAUGCAAGCGUACCAGGCCGGAGUGGCUGCCCUCAGAGUCUCCCUAAAGGACGUGACGGUGGAACGAGCAGAGAGCCUGGUAGAUCAAAUCCAGGAGCUGUGCGACUCUCAGGAUGAGGUCAACCAGACCCUGGCAGGGGCAGCGCUCGACUCCUCCGGUGUGGACACAGACGAGCUGGAGGAAGAGCUGAAGUCCCUAUUGGACGAGUCUGCCACAGACGAACAGCCCGGACUGCCAGAAGUUCCUUCUCAGCCCCUCCCAUCCAGAGGAGCUCCAGCUGCUCUCAGUGACAGUUUCCUGAGCUCCCUGCCCGCUGUACCACAGUCCUCCUUUGGAAUCACUGACGAGGAGCUAGACAGGGAGUUGAGUCGCCUCACUCUCAGUGACACAGGUGUAUCGCAAAGAGACAGUAUCUCGCCCGUGAAGAGGCCUGAGACAGCUCAGUGACAGGCCGAAGCACACUCGAUCCCAGGGAGUGCCUGAAAAGACCAGCCCUGAGCACUGAGUCUCAGGAGGCUGCAAAGAGUCAUUGGAAAAAGCAAUCGAAACAAUGAAUUUUGCAACAUGUAUAUCUCUGUUUGUUAUGUCUUUGAUUUAUUAUAUUUUUCCUUUUUAAACUUUCAAUUUUAAGAGAGGCCUUUUGAAAAUUGUAUCUGUAUCUGUCUGUUUCUCUGUAAUAAAAUGACUGAAAAGUAAGACGGGAAAUAA